AUGGAGUUCUCGACGGCCUUGCUACUUAUUAUACACUAUUCAUCGCUAUUGUAUAAUGAGAUUAGAAGCUCCUAUAAAAUCUUUAACUCAUACUAUUGUCGGUAUCGCAGACCUAUAGCUAUUAAAGUCAAGUUGAUGACAUUCAUUGAACGGCUGGGAACUAAACGUUUCAUUUGUCCGCUAAUUAUGUCUCAAAACACGCGAAGAGUUGGUCUCACGAGUGACACAACUGGAAGACAAUCGAUGGACAGAUUGGGCGAUGAUUUGUGUCAACUGUUGCUGUCAUAUCUGAAAACCAAAGACUGCUUCCGAUAUGAAUGUGUGUCCAAACAGUGGCAGCGAUUGAUAUACACGACAGUCACUGACCUUAAGAUCUCUGAGGCUAUGGUUAAUGAGGGGAAGCCUAUGGACACUAACAGACAUUUACAGGCAUUUGAAUUACUGCUGAAAAAGUGCUCAAACAUUGCGUUCAUUGACUGCGACCACGAUAUCAAUGACAAUAUGUUAUCGUUAAUCACUAAACACUGCAAUCAUUUGAAUGGCAUUUAUAUGUCGGUCGAGAACAACACCACUAAUGAGACGAUUGACAAGUUUUUCGCGAAGUUUGCCAAACGAUUGCAUUCCCUCGAGUGGGCGAAGUGGCUAAUGAACACCAAAGUCGAGGGUUAUAUACUUAAUAAUAUGAAGUGUUGUCCAAAUCUACGGGAACUGUAUCUCGAAUAUGCAGGCAAUCAGUUGUCUCACGUGUUGAGUGGCGAUAGAAAUGAGGUUUUGUUUCAAAGGUUACACACUUUACGCGUGUAUUAUAAUAACUAUAGUGGAGAUUAUCCGGUGGACACGUUUGCCCAGUUUGUGGACACUUAUAAGCAUAACAUGAAAUCAAUUCACGUGUAUAUCGACGGCAAUACCGACGACAAGCCUAUCGCCGCCGUAAUGACUGGUUUGUCGCAAAUGCGGGCAUUAAUUGAUCUCAACAUUGAAUGCCCGCACUAUCACUACACGGAUGUAGUGAACGACCACUUGAGGCAAAUCGGUAUAAAUUGUUCCCAAAUCCGGAGACUUGCGCUCAAAAUACGUCUCGAUAGCGAUCCGUACGACGAGUUGAUUGCAGUACUGAACGAUCACUUCAAACGAGUAAAACGACUUAAAAUCGACGGCAGUUUCGUCGAUAGGCUUCGCAAUCCACCCGCGAAUCCAUGCAAACGUAUCACACAUUUAAAGUUGAGUCCAUUGUAUUACGACUGGAUUAACGACAACGAGAGCGACCACUUCAUCGACAACACGGACACAGUAUUCCCGAGUAUUGUCUCAUUGAAUGUCAGUUGUCUUAUCAUAACGGAU